GUCAUCAGUUUUGCACGUCMAACUCGGUCGAUUUUACCAUCGACCAAGACAACUGACCCGAAACGUGGYGUUUUUGUGAAAAGACGUCAGUUGCUACCAUCGCCCUUUUGCACACCCGCAACCACCUGUCAUCGGAAAGGAUAAUGAACAUUUGGCGGAAGCUGACGAGGAUACUGGGAUUUGUGAGACGGACACCACGUCGGCGGAAGGCGCGCAUUCUAUUCGUCGGGCUGAACAACGCCGGAAAAAGUACGCUGCUGAACCGUUUGAAACCUUACCGAGAACAACUGUCAAGGAAACUGAUCACGCCCACUGUCGGCUAUACCACCAACAYGUUCGUGUAUAACAACGUCAAGUUUACUGCCAGCGACAUGUCUGGCCGAGACGGGUACCGGAGCAUGUGGGAGUCCAUGUACGGCCAGUGCGACGCUAUCGUGUUCGUUGUAGACAGUACGGAUCAGAUGCGGUUCGCUGUGGUCAAGGACGAGCUGGACAUGAUGCUCCGGCACCCAGACAUAGCCGACCGACCAGACCUGCCCAUACUGUUUGUGGCUAAUAAGAUAGSUGCGCCGGACGCGUGCGGCGCGUCCGCCAUGGCCGGAGCUCUCAAACUGCACGAGCAAAUGGAACAGGAUCGUCCGUGGCGGUUGGUCAGCGCAGACGCGGUAGCCGCACCCGAUCAGCCGGCCGACGACGGUCUUGCCGAUGCCAUGGAAUGGCUGACAGAAUUGGUCAAGUUCACUCGGCGGCGAUGA